AUGCCCCCGAUUCCGGCUCAGAGUCUGCGACGUCUGUCCAAGUUCCCUCGGAAAUGGGCGUAUCCGGCGCAUUUGGUCGCUGGACGGAGGGUUGGCGGAUACAAGUACAUUUCGGUGCAAGCGACGCCAGCAACAGACACCAGCAGAAUCAACCUGGCGGGUAGAUCAUUGACCGCUGCUUCACCCGACGCUUCAUUCGAAGUCAUUGGAAGCCCAUACUCGCUGCUUUCGGUCACCCUCUCUCCCUCCCAGGAGCUGUAUACUCGUCGCGGAACACUGGUGGCGUUUUCUGGAGAUCCCAACGGGACUGUCUCGACCUUGCGAAUCCUCAAUCCCGUUCGCCGCGCCCUGAUCGGUAUUCCUUUCCUGUACCAGAAGAUCACGUCGACGUCCCCCGCCAAUGCUCUUAUAGCCACGAGGUCGCCAAUGACCACAUUCGCUGUUUUGCAGCUGGAUGGCACGAUGGACUGGAAGCUGGCGCAAAGAAAAGCCCUGUUGGCAUGGACUGGCAGCACGCUCUCCGUGAAGCCGAGUAUAAGCACGAGAUUUUCGCUCGCAUACUGGGGGAGUUCUAACGUCACCGGAAGAGGACUCCUGGCGCUCGCAGGUCAAGGCCAGGUUUACUCUGUUGAACUUGCAGAAGGGGAGACGUACAUAGUCCAUCCUUCCAACAUACUCGCUUACAGCUCAUCAUCACCUUCUCCGGCACCUCUGCCCUUUCGAUUCAAGUCAUCAAGCGUUCGAUUCCAAAUACCUCUCCAGCUCGGAAACUUCUUCCCUUCGUCGAAAUUCGUCGAGACGUUAAAAACUAGCAACACUUAUAAGUUCAUGGCCAAUAUGCUUUACAGAAUUCGAACCUGGAGCCGAAGGACUAUUUGGGGGGACCGGUUGUUCUUACAGUUUAGCGGCCCGACAACGCUCUUGAUUCAGAGCAGAGCUGCGAGGGUAAACGAUGUCUUAACCGCCCAAGAGGUGAACGAGAUUGCAGAUACCCCGGCAGGGACUGUUCAGGAGGCUAUUUCCAACGUCCGCUCCACGGGCCCCGAACUGUCCAAGCCCGGUUUUGCCGUGCCUGUCUCGCCAGCUGCCUCGCAGCCGAGAUUAUCAAUGGCAAGCGUCAGCCGUGAUGGAAAGGUCACUUUCGAUACCGCGCAGAACUUGGAUCAGUCCAAAGGAUAG